GUUGCCCUUUGCUCCAAGCGUCGAAUCAUGGUGUUCCACUAAGCCUAAACUGCUAAAGAUAUAGCCUCUCUGGUUAAGUGUUGAUACUCCGUAAGGUGCAACAAAUGGGCUGUCUAGAAUGCUUCGCAUCGAACGCUUACUCGUGCUUCUCGCGGGCAGCGCUGACGUCCAUGGCAGUUUUGAAGGUGCUGCUCAGCAUUAGCAUCAUAGUCAUUGUGGCUGUGAAGCUGGAGAACGUUCGCAUUGAACUGCAGCUGCCGGUCAGCAACCUUGCCGACAUCACCGGCAUGGUAACCGGGGCCGAAGUAACUUCUCCAGCAAACAGCAAUCCCAGCGCAAACAGUGUUCAAGUUUCUCCACCUCCCUUCACAUCUCGUACAUCUUCACCCGCUGGACCAGCCGAUGUCGACGUGGACCUGAACACCACAACGGGCCCAUUGCAUGUGCACGCAGCAUGUCUGCUUCAGAAGCGCGGCAAAGUAGGGCAGCUGUACGACACCAACAAUCACACCAUGUGCUCGUACGUAUACGCCGUUUGCGCUGUCAGCUUGGUCGCUACGUUUAUAAUGGCCAGCCUGCUGUGGUGCACCUGCCACUGCUGCGGCUGGGGCCCCAUGCUAGAGCUGCUGUUCGCAGUGCUGGGGGCGGCCUGGUGGCUGGCGGCGGCUCUGGUGGUCCAGAAGCACACCGACGUGGCCGUCAACGCAGCUCCCGCAGCCCUGCAGUUCAUCGUCGGCUACCAGCUCCCGCCCCCGCCCGCCGCCUCCCUCCUCCCGGGUGCAUCCGCCCUGCUGCCCCCGCCUCCUUCCCCGCCACCGCCGGCGCUGCCUGCCCCGCCCGUGGGUGCUGACGUGGCCUCCCAGCUGGAGGCGCUUGUACGGCAGUGGACUCCGCGUAGUGUACGGCAGUGGCGGGGCGCGGUGUUGGUGCUGUCGUGGGUGCUGAUGGGCGCGUUUGCGGCCUCGGGGGCGCUACUGCUGGUUGAGGCAUGCGGCUGCCUGGUGCACUGUUGCGGCUGCCUGUGCCGCUGCUGCUGCUGCCCGGACCGACCCGAGGCGCGCUGGCGCAGCAGUCUGCGGCGGCGCAAGCGACUGGGCGGCGGGGAGGAGUAUGUGGAGAUGAGUGGUAGCCUGCCGCCCUCGGCUGCUGCGACAGCUUCUUCGGGCUUUGGAAGCCACAGCAGCGGGUUUAAAGUAGCUGGCGGCGGAGGUGGGAGUAGCACUAGUGAGGAUGUUAGGCUUGGGUUUGCGGGCGGAGUGGGGCACGGAGGGCCUCCGACGAUCAUGGUGGUUGCGCGAUCGGAUACGGGAGCUUACACGCAGUUAAGAGCGGAGGAAACUGGUUUCGGAGGUGGUGGUUUUGCAGGUAGUGGUGGCGGUAGCGGCUGGAGAGGUGGGGGCUCUGGCAAGGAGUUGGAAGUAUCAUCAUCAUCCUCGACGUUACCGACUUCGUCCUCGGCCUCCUCGGCCUCUCCUAGGAAGAAGGGAUGGCGCUGGUGGCGGUGAUAGCGGUGGCGGUUGGUAACGACCCCAUGCGAUUGAUCCUCCAGCGCGCACAUGUUCGGGGUUGAUACGUGGAACCGGUAGCAAGAUACCGGAUAUCUUUAGUAGUGCUGCUAAUCAGGAUAUCGCGUGCCCUUACCAAGUUACCAUGUCAUGUUUAGUAUUUCAGGCCGCCAUGUGAUAAUUGUGUGCAGUUUAAGAGUGCAGUGUGGCUCAUGAUGCAGUGCAACGGGGGUAAAACCUCGAGGAAGGUACCUGUACCUGUACCUGAGCGGUUUUAUGCACAAGGAUUGUAUGCUUUGAGAGGUGUGCAUGCAAGCUGUGGCGAAGGGAGGCGGGGAUCUCAUUAGCGGGAGACGGAGAGAGGGAAGGGGAAAGGUAGGCAGCAGGAUGGCCACGGGCACGUGGGCGGCAGCAGGGUUUGGCAGCGCAAGCAUGCAUUACGAUGCAAUUGGUACUGCUUGCGUUGUGAUGUAGUACGUGAGGGCAAUCACUAGGAUGUCUGCAAGGGGACUGCAUGUAUUGGAAGAGGGUAGUAAGUUUCCUUCAUACGGGCCCAGAUUCCCGGCGCAAGCGUUGGAGGCGGAGUGGCUCUCCUGCUUGAGUGCUAUUGGUACGGGGACGAGAAGUAAUCCCGGGGUGCCGAGCCGUUUGCACUGUAUCGCGGCAUCGGAGGAAGUGGCAAUCACCAG